AUGGCGGGCCCGAUCCACACCUACGGUCCGAGUUGCCUGCUUGUGGAUGAAGAGCAGGACUUCACCAGUUUUCAAUCACUUUCAUCACCACCAGAGAUCCGGUCACAAUUCUUCUAUAUCUCAGCAUUGCCCAUCGAUGAUCCACUGGCUGCUCUGCCUCCACCGGCAAGCCAGGGAGCCGAGGAAGCUUGGCGAGAUCUACGGGAAGCGAGAAAGACCAAGUCUGAUGAGAACCUCAGAUCAAGACCAAAUACAUCGACAGGGCCUCCUGGGAUAGCCGUGCCUGGUCAUGAAUCAGUCUCAGAUAUCAAUCACCGCAAGGCAGCCAACCAAGAGAAUUCCUCCUUGGUUGGCAGUAGAGGAAGUACUCUGAGUAAUCCCCCUUCCUUCCCGGAGGACCUUCCUUCUCGCAGUCACAAGAGCCAUAUCGCAUUUGCUACCGGCAGUGCUGGAAUUCGAGCCCGUGAAGUCGGCAAGGAAAAUCGUAUGGGCUCUCCAUUGAGUGAUGGGCUAAGGCAUGAACCCACAAAAGGAAUUAUCAUCGAUCGGAAAAGAGCGCGCGCAUCCUCGGUGAACGAGUCGAGUGCCGCCAAAAGAAGAAGCAGUUCUCCACCGGAGGCCGAGAACGUGGGCGAAGGCGACGAGGGGACUGGAAGUCUGCGAGCUGAUUACUCUCAUGAUGCAAGCAUGAGUGGAUCUCCUUUUAUACGGGCGCCGAUAUCUCAGCCUCAGACGCCGCUUGGUCGCUCAUUUGAGUCAACUUCAUCUAGAGAAGGAGGCGAAUGGCAGGCGGAGCUUCGAACUAGUGGUACUCCUCGAAGUGCCCCGAAACCUUCAGGACUCAGAACAACUGUGAGCCUGGAUCAGUUGACUCAGGACUCGCAAAGGGAGAGGACAGAGGAGCCAAAUACACAGACAAAGAUUCCAGUGGGUGUCUCACGGCUUCAUCUGGUCGAAUUACCGAAUCUCAAGAUGAAACCUAUCUACUGGAGGCCUCUUCAGGACAUAUCAAAUGUCGUUCGAGCUACUUGGUUCUACAAGAAUACUAUGUUGCCUGUUGAAACUGAACUUGCGAAUAAAUUGGAGGAAGGCUACGUUUACUUAAAGCCAUGGAGUGACACUUGGCAAGAUGAAUUGAAUAGUUGCGUGGAAAAUGGGGCCGAUGCUGAGUUGAAGAUUGUUCAUCCGCUGUGGACAGAUCAAGAGAGUGCACAGGCGUCACAGAGUAGCAAUUCGCCUCUCGAUGAGUCAGAGGAUCCUUUGAGAUUCGACGCAAAUCGCGCCGCUGGUGGUACUUCUGUUCAAUCUGAGAGUAUCAAAUCAUAUCUCACAUCUAGUGCUAUCUACGUCGAUGCAACAAAUGCCCAAGUACUUCGUCCCAGCUUGCUUCCCUCCGCGUCGAGGGGACGACGACCCCUUAAUGCAAUCAGGAAAGGCCGUCAGAUAGGCAUACCUGUAGUUCGCGGCUUUAGUCGAAAAGUAUGGGAACAACUGCAUCCAUCAAAGCCCAAUCCUAUCGAUGUGCGCCAUUAUAUUCGCAAGACCCAGUCGAAAAGUCCUUCUGUGCAAGGUGAACAAAUAUGCUACGCAUGCAAGAUGGAAGAGUCGCGACCACCUCCAACAGACUUGGUUCUCGUGAUCCAUGGCAUCGGGCAAAAGUUAUCGGAGAGAAUGGAAAGCUUCCAUUUUACUCAUGCUAUCAAUGCGUUCCGGCGUGAGGUGAACAUGGAGCUCAAUAACGAACCUGUUUGGCCGCAUGUUCGCCAGGACCAUGGGGGGAUCAUGGUUCUUCCUGUGAAUUGGCGCGCAAACUUGUCAUUGGAUGACCCUGAUGUCGAAGCGGGUAUUGAGGACCCAGGUAGCAACACUUUCUCACUUGAAGAUAUCACACCCCAGACUCUUCCUGCUAUCCGGUCCCUGAUCAGCGAUGUGAUGCUUGAUAUCCCCUACUAUCUGUCACAUCACAAACCGAAGAUGGUCAAGGCGGUGAUUAGAGAAGCGAACCGAGUGUAUCGCCUCUGGUGUAAAAACAAUGCAGGGUUCCAGGAACAUGGCCGUGUGCAUCUCAUUGCUCACUCGCUAGGAAGUGUUAUGGCUGUAGACAUUCUCAGCCAUCAGCCAACACAUGUUCCCCAGUUUGACUUUUCUAGUACGACUUUACACAGUGAUAUCUUUGAGUUUGAUACUCGACAUCUCUUCCUCUGCGGAAGCCCAGUCGGCUUCUUUCUGCUUCUUAAUAAGGCUAGUCUUCUUCCCCGAAAGGGCAGAGACAAGCCAGGUAGUGACGGUGACGAUUUACUCCGUGGCGUUGCGGGUGAAGCCGGUCAAUAUGGCUGUCUUGCCGUAGAUAACCUCUACAAUAUCAUGCACACAACUGACCCAAUCGCGUACCGAGUCAAUGCAACAGUAGACUCAGACCUCUCCAACUCCCUCAAAAUGGGCUCUAUCCCUACCUCCACCUCCACCUUCUGGCAAUCCUUCGGAAGCGUCUUCCGCUGGAGCUCAACCCCGUCAACAUUUCUGCCCUCCACAGCCCCUACUCGCCCCGCAGCAAUCUCCAAGCUCCCAUCUAAUGUUGAGCUCGAGACCCAUGACUUCACGCGUGAGGAGAUCGCUGAAAAACGCAUGCUUCUGCUCAACGAUAACGGUCAAAUUGAUUAUUAUCUUUCGGGUGGUGGUGGCCCGUUGAAUAUCCAGUACCUCAACAUGCUGAGUGCGCAUAGCAGUUACUGGACACUGGGUGAUUUUGUGCGGUUCUUGGUUGUGGAAAUUGCAAGAAAGCAAGGGAGAGAAGGGACACUGCUUGCUUUUCGGGCUGAGAAGAAGAAGGGAUGGAAGUAUUCUAAGGGGUGA